UCUCACCAGGUCCCAGAAGUUAGACAGGUCCCACCAGGUGCCGGAUGUUAGACAGGUCCCACCAUGUCGCAGAUGUUAGACAGGUCCCACCAGGUCCCAGAUGUUAGACAGGUCCCACCAGGUCCCAGAUGUUGGACAGGUCCCACCAGGUCCCAGAUGUUAGACAGGUCCCACCAGGUCCCGGAUGUUAGACAGGUCCCACCAGGUCCCGGAUGUUGGACAGGUCCCACCAGGUCCCAGAAGUUAGACAGGUCCCACCAGGUCCCGGAUGUUGGACAGGUCCCAGAUGUUGGACAGGUCCCACCAGGUCCCGGAUGUUGGACAGGUCCCACCAGGUCCCGGAUGUUAGACAGGUCCCACCAGGUCCCAGAUGUUGGACAGGUCCCACCAGGUCCCGGAUGUUGGACAGGUCCCAGAUGUUGGACAGGUCCCACCAGGUCCCAGAUGUUAGACAGGUCCCACCAGGUCCCGGAUGUUGGACAGGUCCCGGAUGUUGGACAGGUCCCAGAUGUUGGACAGGUCCCAGAUGUUGGACAGGUCCCAGAAGUUAGACAGGUCCCACCAGGUCCCGGAUGUUGGACAGGUCCCAGAUGUUGGACAGGUCCCAGAUGUUGGACAGGUCCCAGAUGUUGGACAGGUCCCACCAGGUCCCAGAUGUUAGACAGGUCCCACCAGGUCCCGGAUGUUGGACAGGUCCCACCAGGUCCCGGAUGUUAGACAGGUCCCACCAGGUCCCGGAUGUUGGACAGGUCC